AUGUGCGGUAAUUCCUCCCAAGACGAGCAUCCCACUGUCAACGAUGAAGAUUCGGACUAUGGGACCAGUCAAACUGAUAUCGCCAAAGAGAAGCGAAACCGUCAUAUCGCUGCGAAGACCGUUCUGAAGGGCUAUGACGGGGGAGGAAGAAAACAGGACCUUAAUCUUAAGUGA